AUGCUGUCAACAAACGCUUUUGUUUCAUGGAUUCUUGUAUUGAGUUGUUUCAGGUUGCUGAAUUUUGCUGUGCCACAGGUGCCUAAAGAAGAAGUGGAUGUGCUGCAACAAAUUGUUACUGCAAUGGGUGCAAAAUUCUGGAAAUUUAAUGCCAAUUUAUGUGAUAUUGAACUGGUUGGCGUUACACAAAUUGCUCCAAGUGGAUCUGAGGGUUAUGUUGAUUGUGACUGCACCUAUGAAAACAACACCGUGUGCCAUGUCACAAAAAUUGUGCUAAAGAGUUAUAAUCUUCCAGGAAUUCUUUCGCCUGAAAUUGUGAAGCUUCCGUACCUCCGAGAUAUUGAUUUUGCUUACAACCUCCUCACCGGGACAAUACCAAUUGAAUGGGCUUCAACACGGUUGAAUUCUGUCUCUCUUCUUGUGAACCUGUUAUCAGGGAAAUUACCGGAGGAACUGGGAAACAUUACUACCCUCACGUACCUGAGCCUUGAAGUCAACCAAUUUUCAGGCUCUAUUCCUUCUGAACUUGGGAAGUUGAUAAACUUGAAGACUCUGGUAUUGUCCUCCAAUCAAUUUACCGGAAACUUGCCAACAUCUUUUUCGGAACUGAUAAACUUAGAUGACUUUAGGAUAAAUGAUAACAAUUUCAGUGGACCGAUACCUGAAUUUAUUCAGAACUGGAAACGGCUAACACAUUUAGAAAUGCAUGCGAGUGGAUUAGAGGGACCAAUUCCCUCGAGCAUAUCUUUUCUGACAAUGUUAACCGCCUUGAGAAUUAGUGACAUAAAAGGGCCAACUCAGGGAUUUCCUGUACUGCGGAGCACGACAAGCAUAGUAACACUGGUGUUAAGAAAUUGCAACAUUUCUGGAAAAAUUCCUGCAUAUGUAUGGAAAUUUCGGGUUCUACAGAUGUUGGAUGUGAGUUUCAAUAAGUUGGUGGGAAAUAUUCCAUAUGACAUCGCAAGAAAUCUGAAAGUUGUGUUUGUCACUGGAAACAUGCUAAGUGGAAAUAUCCCAGAUGCACUCUUGAAGGAUGGAAGCAAUAUCGAUCUUUCCUACAACAAUUUCACAUUGGAAGGCCCUGACCAAUCAGCUUGUCGAUCAAACAUAAAUCAAAAUUUGAACCUGUUCAAAAGCUCUGCUACUGUAAAUCCACUACAACAAAUGCUUCCAUGUACAAGAAAUGUAGAUUGUCCCAGAUACAAGUGUUCUUUCCAUGUUAAUUGUGGUGGGGGCAAUUUGGAAAUCAAAGAAAGUAAUAGAAAAGUUACUUAUGAAGGAGAUGUUGGAGGUGAUUCUGCAAGAUUUUUAAGUACCAGCAGUUAUUGGGGGUUUACUAGUUCUGGAGAAUUCAUGGACCAACCUGACAACCAAAAUUCACGUUCUACCAGAACCACGUCGACUGCAAACCUCUCUGAGUUAUACUGUACCGCACGUCUCAGUCCUCUUUCGCUUACGUAUUACCAUUAUUGUCUGGAGAAUGGGAGUUAUAGCGUUAAUCUUCACUUUGCUGAAAUACUUUUCACAAAUGAUAGCACAUAUUACAAACUUGGAAAGCGGAUGUUUGACAUAUACAUCCAGGAAAAAUUAGUUUGGAAAGAUUUCAACAUUGAAGAUGAGGCUAGGGGAGCUCAAACGCCUGUGACUAAACCUUUUAAUGUCACUGUAUCAAAUAAUAUUUUGGAGAUCCGAUUUUACUGGGCGAGUAAAGGAACUACACGAAUUCCUAAUAGAGGAGAUUAUGGUUCCAUUAUAUCAGCCAUCUCUGUCAUUCCAAACUUCAAAAUUUGUUCAAAUGGAGGCAAGAACAAUUUAACUGUUUAUGUAAGUGUUGGAGUUGUGGCCGUAUGCCUUAUUUUCUCGAUAUUUGGCUUCCUUCGGUGGAAAGGUUGUUUGAAAGGCAGAAAACGGAAAGAUUUUGAAGGUCUGGAAUUGCAAACUGUGUCUUUUACUUUGAAACAAAUAAAAGUGGCUACUAACAACUUCGAUCCCAUGAACAAGAUUGGAGAAGGUGGUUUUGGUCCCGUGUACAAGGGUCAAUUAUCUAAUGGUACUGUUACUGCCGUAAAGCAGCUCUCCUCUAAAUCAAGGCAAGGAAAUCGUGAAUUUUUGAAUGAGAUUGGCAUGAUUUCUUGUUUGCAACACCCAAACCUCGUGAAGCUUCUUGGAUUUUGUAUUGAAGGAGACCAAUUGAUACUUUUAUACGAGUACAUGGAAAACAAUAGUCUGGCCCAUGUUUUGUUUGGUUCAGAGGAAAGUCAGUUGAUGCUGGACUGGCCAACAAGGCUUAAUGAAGAAGAAAAGACCCAUAUUAUCACCCGAGUUGCUGGAACAAUAGGUUAUAUGGCACCGGAAUAUGCACAGUGGGGACAUCUGACCAAUAAAGCAGAUGUUUAUAGCUUUGGAGUCGUGCUUUUGGAAAUUAUCAGUGGCAAGAGCAACAACACAUACAUGCCAAGUAGUAAUUACACUUGCCUAUUGGAUAUGGCUUGUCACUUGCAAGAAACUAAUUACAUAGACAAACUUCUCGACAAAAGGCUGGGUUCUCAAGUGAACCCAGAAGAAGUAGAAAGGACGGCAAAAGUAGCUGUUCUCUGCACAAAUUCAACUGCAUCUGUUAGGCCUACCAUGUCCGAGGUUGUCCAAAUGCUCGAAGGACAUAUGGCCAUUCCAGAUGUACCCCACGAAGGUAAUGAUAUGAGGUUCAAAACCAUAAAAGGCUUAAACCAAGAAUGGCAAAAGCGAAGUUCAAGUGAAAGUCAAACUCAGAAGCCUACCAUUGUACAAACAGAUGCAGAAGUUUCUACUCCUAUCACUGAAUCAUUAAAUCCAAAUUUAAAUGUUACAACCACAUGUUAG